GCCUAUUAUACAGACCAUGGUCUACAAACGUUUGGUAGAAAUUGGCCGUGUUGUGUUCAUCGCCAAGGGCAAAGAUGCUGGCAAAAUUGCCACUGUUGUUGAUGUUGUUGAUGGAAACAGAGUACUCAUUGAUGGCCCCAGCACGGGAGUUGUUCGAUGUGUCCGUGUCGGGCAAAGGACGAAAGGAGACCGCCUGGGCCAAGAAGAUUGCGCAAAAGGCCAUACGAGCCAAGUUGACUGACUAUGACCGAUUCAAGCUAAUGAAGGCUAAAAAGAUGCGCAACCGACUUGUCAGGAUUGAGUUCGCAAAAUUGAAGAAGGCUGCCAAGUAA